UCAUGAACGCCAAUACCAGGCAGACCAGUGCCUCAGGCGGUCAGUGAAAUACGGCUAGGUUCAUUGGUUUUGGUUAAAGCUAAACAUUGCUUGAGCUCUGUUGUAAGAGAGUAUGGUCAGUAUGGCAACAGUCAUCACCACACCAAUGCACUGACCACACAGACCACACGCACCAACAUCGUAUGCUCCACAGUUACCAUGGCAACUGUUUAUAAACUCGAACUGUCAUGAGUGCGCGAACAUUUCCCGAAGCACAUUCAAGAGAGCGCUUUCUGCGAUUCCUGCAACGUUUGUGAAAUAUUCUACACAGCUAUUUUCAUUGCACUCCAUCCAUACUGUUAGAGCGUCGUCCGAAUUUCAGGAUGAUGGAUUCUAGACCAACAACUUCGUCCUCCAACAGACCUCAGUCUCCAAACAUGCGGUCAUUUACGGCAGCCACACAACGCAGUGGUCUUCUCGGCGCAGUUAGUCGCCUGAGCGGGCGACCCAGCACGCGCACAGGUCCUCCUACGGCGAUGCUUUCGCAGAUGAGCAUUCCGGAGCGUCCUAUGACUCAGCAUGGCCUUGUGGCGCCGAAGACUGCUUUAAAAUCUUCACAGCGGCAGGUUCAAGACAAAAGUUACUUUAUCGGCUUGCUGAGAGCAAAAAUGACAGAAUUGAUUGCGGAGACUAACCGUUUGCAACGCGCAAAUGAAUCACUUGCGCAAGAGCAAGCUACUUACUCGUCGUACAAAAAGAAAGCGGAAGCUUUGAGUGCUGAGCUAAAAGAGCUGCAAGGCGAUAUGGCAGACUACAACUUGCUGGUUGACAAGUUGAACACGGAUGCAGACAUGGAAGAUGUUAAGGAAGAGUACAGAGAACUUAAGAGCCAGAAUGACCAGGAAGUGAGCAGCGUAGAACUUCUUUUUGAGCAGCGGCAAGAUCGUGAGCGCCAACUUCGACAGCUUGAAGUGGAAAUUGAGCAGGAAAGGAACAUGGCAGACAACAUAAUAGCAGCAAUGCAACCAGAGCUACGUCACAGGUAUACAGAGCAGAAAGACAUUAAUCAAUCACUUGUAGAUCAACUGGAUAAACUGCAACAGCAGCUUCAAGGUCUUCAGUUGCAGAAGACGGCCUUAGAAGAUGAUAUUUCAUUGACUUCGGUGAAGCAGGAAGCAGUGAAGCUGUAUGAGCGGUUGAGGGAGCUAGGAGAGAAAAAAGCAGUUUUGGAGGAAGAACAGAAGAAACGGGGGACUCCAGCCCAGGAAAGGGAGCGGUUGCUUGCCCAGGUCAAAGAAGACAACAGUGGGCUGUCGAGCAUGGAGAGGCAAGCAUCUGAGGCACGUGAGCGCCUGGGAAAACUGCAGGAGGAACUGGCUCAGCUCGACCAGGAGUUGGAGGAGCACAAUGGAGAACGACGAGCCAAGUAUCAGGAGCUCCGCAAACGUGAGGAAACCAUGGAUGCUUUCCUUGAGAGCUUUGAUGAAGCACGCCAAGAUGAACACAAGCGCCAGGAGAAGCUCCAGGGGGAGAUCGUCCAACUUUUGGAAAGUUGCUCACGCUCCUUACCCCACUUCUCGACUUUGCCAAGCCAAGAAGAAAUGGCUGUACUCAAGGAUGACCUGAUAUUCAAAGAAAAUGAAGUGGAGAAGUCAAAAAUGACACUAUCUGCUCUAGGGAUGGAGCAGAAAAAGCUGGCAGUGGAUUUGCAGAAGAUAGAACAACUAGAAAACAAAGUUCAGCAGGAGCUGGAUAGCCUCAAGAGCAAGAUUAAACAGAUGGAAGAAGAGAUGGUUGUCUUCUCUGACCUGGACAAACUAAGAAGCUCCUCAGAAAUAAAGAAGCAAGAGCUGUUGGCAGAGAAAGAAGCGUUGCUGAUAAAGAAGGGGCCAACCAGAAAGGUGGUCGAAGAACUGCAAGCCCAGUAUGACGAAGCAAGAGCUGCACUGAAUGAAGAAGAAGGCUACACACGCUUAGUGAACUUGGAACGCCGCUGGCAGCACCAUGAGCAGAAUAACUUUGCUGCACAAGAGUACGUAGAAGCCAAACUGGCUGAGUACAACUACCACCCCAUCAGGCAGGAUGUGCAGGCACUGCUGGAAGCCUACAAUACUGCCUUGCAGGAAAGCCUUGGAAAGGCAUCCUAUGGCUGAAUAACUGUCCAGCAUAUCAUUAGGUUCAUGAUGUAUCAGCACAAUAGACACAGAUAGAAAAGAAUGAACAAACGCAAGCACGGUCCAACUCACCCAGUUUUCUUGUGCAUUUGCUAUUGCUUGCUCGAUAGCAAAAUUUAAGAUUACUUCUAAAAUGUGAAAUGCUGAUUAGCUGCAGAAAAAAAUUAAUAAAAAAUAAAGUGCUUAAGCUAACCCUUGCGUGAAGUACACCUUCAUGUCCUUUCAUACGAGCACCAGGGAUCAGUGGCUUGUUGAUGAGCCCUUCUGGGGUUUGGGUCUGAACAAAAGGGAUUUGUUAGUAAAAAAUGAGAGGGAUCUACUUAAUUCCGGUCACACUUCAUACCAAGUUGGCAAAAAAUGUGCUCAAAGAGGGCAAAACCAAAAUGUAAAAGCAACACGUUUGCUUCAUCCUAACUGUAUGUGCUCGAAGCAGAAAAUAGUGGCAAAUGUAGAGCAGUUAAGUGAUGUCUAGAUGUAGCAACAUUCUACUAUAGAACAGAGCAGUUGCAGGCACCUGAGUAUUCUAGACUGCAUUCUAGACAAACUAAAGCUGAACAGUUUAGGCCAUCUCAAUUUAUCAUUCCAUAGAUAAAGUGCACUUCUUUUGAUCUUUAGAUAAAGUGGUUCAAAAUACUUUUAUAGUCAAAAUACUCUGGCUCAAAAUCAACUUGCAGUGCAGCAAAAGAUACGAGGCAUGAUAAGACAGUCACAUGCUCUGCAUGCACUACGUAAUCCACCAUAGAACGUAGUUCCAUGCUUUGGCAUUGGUUAUAUAGUAUAUAUAUAGGUUUAGUAUUGUUAAGCACUACUAAAUGGUUGUGUGGUAGUUUCUAGCGUGCGAAAUAACUGCUUGUAAUACAUACUUUUUGACGCGACGCCUUUCAGUUCGGUCAGAGGAGGCUGCUCACUAAAACCUCAUGUAACGAAAACAUAUACGUUUAUCGCUUAUACCUUUGGAACCAUACUAUCCACGCACCUUACCUUGGUAUUGUUGUGUAGAGCAAAGAAGCCAUUACGUGAUCUUGCACGUCUUGUGCGCCCAGAUGGUGCUGUUUUCGUGCCACAUGUGAUGAUGCAAUUGAAGCUAAAUUUAGCCUUUUGUCAGUGUUCAGAGAGAAAUAGUUUGGUAGUAUGUUUGUUGAUUCGAUCAGGAGUGGUUGCAUUUGAGAAAGCUCACUCAGCCAUAGUAGGUAUAAUCUAUCAAACUCAAACCUAUGCUCAUCAGGAGUUAGAAGGCCUACAAGUGUGCAAUCACUUGCAGAAAUUUUAAGCUUGCUUGGCUAUAGCGCUCCCGAAUUUGACAUGUAGAGUCUAGAAAUGGCAUGGAGAGACCCGCGCAGCAAGGGAGAGGGAUACCCAACCCCUCUGACCACAGUGGAACAUGUCUGUCUCCAUAAGGAGCGCAGGUGCAGCGGAUUGAGGCAAGCACAGGAGCCCCAACCAUCUACAAAUGCAACAGGCUUGUGCGGUGCUGGGUAAGGUGUCUCGUAAGGUAAGGUAGGGCGCAGGGUAAGGUGUUCUCCUUGUGGAGCGGCGGGCUAGGAGGAUAUCAAGGCACCCUAGCACAGGGCAGUUUCCAGCACCACCAGUAGGGGGGUCAUUUCUUUAUCCUAGUGAACAAGCACCCUCUGCAAAACGAAGGGGCCCACUACAAGUAGAAAGCGAGAUAAGACCGCAAGACUCGCAGUAGCUGUAACUUAA